GGCAGGGCCAUUAGAGCUGAUCCUCAGCCUCUCCAUGUCUGCGAGGAAUGGGAAUAUCCUCAUUCAGCACAGCUCGGAGAGGGAAAACCUCGGACAAACUCACACCAACUGACCACUAACGGUGCACAUUUCCUCCUUUCGAAGAGCCCAUCGCCCUCUUUAAGGAGGAUUUUGGCCUCAUUCGUGGAGAAGCAGCAGCUACCAGAGGAUCCGCUGCCUUUCUUUCCAGCUUUGAGUUCGGGAGCUCACGUAGACACUCGGGAUUUCACAUUAAAAAAGGGCCAGUUUUGGAGACUUUAGUCCUCAUGGCCGUGACGACACAACUCUUCUGGAGGAUUAUGGAGGUGUUUUGAGGGCGCUUCGUUAGAAGGAACCGCUUAAUUUGAGCCGAACGACCCUCAAAAACACAAAAGCAGAGCGCGACCCAGGAUGGGCUGGUAACCGAGCGGAGAGAAGGAAAACACGCUCCCAGGAUUCCGCCUCCUGUCUGCCCCUCAGCUUCCUCUCGGAAUGGGACUGCACCUUCCCAGGGUGCACUUCUUCAGCGGGGGGUGUGGCCAUCCCCAGGUGGGGCAGGCGGCCUAGUCCCCCCCCAGUCCCCUGACCUUUUGACCCCUGAGACCCCUGCCUGACCUUGCCCAGCCAUGCCGUUCGGACUGAAGCUCCGCCGCACGAAGCGCUACAACGUCCUGAGUAAGAACUACUUCGUGACGCGGAUCCGUCUGCUGGACAACAAUGUGAUCGAGUGCACGCUGUCUGUGGAGAGCACCGGCCAGGAGUGUCUGGAGGCGGUGGCCCAGCGCCUCGAACUGCGCGAGACCCAUUAUUUCGGGCUGUGGUUCCACUCUAAAGCUCAGGUGCCGCGAUGGGUGGAGCUGGAGAAGCCCCUGAAGAAGCAGCUGGAUAAGUUUGGGAACGAGCCACUGCUGUUCUUCGGGGUGAUGUUCUACGUUCCCAGCGUCUGCAGACUCGAGCAGGAGGCCACCAGGUAUCAGUACUACCUGCAGGUGAAGAAGGAGGUUCUUGAUGGCCGUCUUCACUGCAGCGUGGAGCAGGGCAUUCGACUCGCCGGCCUCGCUGUCCAGGCGGACUUUGGGGAUUUCACUCAGUAUCCGUCUCAGGACUUCCUCAGGGAAUACGUGCUGUUCCCCGUGAACUGGCCUCAUGUGGACGAGGUGCUGGAGGACUGGACUCAGAAAGUGGCCGAAGAACACAAGAGUCACUAUCGGAUGCAGCCUGCAGAAGCCGAACUGCUCUACAUCAAAGAGGCGGAGAAGCUGGAUGGGUUUGGGCAGGAGAGCUUCGCUGCUAAAGACAACUACACCAAUGACAUCUUCAUCGGCGUGUCCUUCAUUGGAGUCUUUGUCAAGCACAGGAAUGGGAGGUCCAUCAUGCUGCACCGGUGGAAGGACAUCGGCACCAUCGGGCACAACAAGUCGGCCAUCACCGUGGAGAUAACCAGCAAAGACGACACCAUCAUGUUCCACACGGAGGAUAUGGAGAUGGCCAAAUACAUCGCACGCCUCUUCACUGCCAGACACAAGUUCUACAAACAGAACAAAAUCUGUGCAGAACCAACCCACUCUCCGGUCACCAUAAGGAGAAGACCCACCUGGAACAGACUGCCCAGACCGCAGUCCUGUAUUCUGCACUCUCAGUAUGCCGAUCACUAUCAGGACACACAGAGCUCGCAAGACAGCAUCUUCCACGAUGACCCGUACUACAAGUCCGAGACGAGCCUAGUGGAGUUUGGCUUCCGUAACGGCCCAGUGCCCAACGGCAGCAUGUGCAGCAGCCCGAGCGUGAGCUCCCUGAACCGCUCUCAAACCUUCAUCCACUCCUCGCCCAUGUCGUCCAACCUGAGCAUUCCCGGCAGCGAGCUGAUGCGUCCCGACUACAUCCCCAGCCACCGGCACUCUGCCAUCAUCGCGCCGUCUUACCGGCCCACUCCAGAAUAUGAUGCUGUGAUGCGGCAGAAGCGGCGCCUUCUUCCGGCCACACCUUCCUCUGACUGCCACAGCCAAUCACUGCGCAGCCUCAACAUUAGUAAUACCUACGCUUACAGGCAGCCUGAGGCGCUGGUGUACAGCCAGCCGGAGAUGAGGGAACGAGGGAUGUACCAUGGGCCUUAUGGAGGCGGAGGAGGCCCUCAACCUGGAUAUGGACCACCUACUGGCCCCUCCCCUUCCCAUCCUGGAACAGGGGUCAUACAGCCUGCAACAGGUCAGCCAGCCACAGCCGGAAACGGCAUCUCUCACACGGUCAGUACACCUGAACUUGCUAAUACCAAGCAACAGGUGGUCAAUGGAAGAACUGGUGACCAGUCUUAUGCUGCCCACAUGUUAAGGAAUCACCUGUCCAGGCCACCACCGCCUUAUCCAGCCUCCUUCAGGCCAGCCACAAGCACCCCGGACCUGGCCAGCAGCCACCGACAGCGCUGCAUGGGCGGCUCCAGCCCGGAGCUGGUCACGCGCAAGGUCCAGCUUUCUGUUAAGACCUUCCAGCCUGACAGCUCAGCCGUGGUGGACCUGCAGUCGCUGCAGGAGGUCAGCGAACCACUGACCUCAGCCAAGCGCCGCACUGCACUGGCCAAGCGCCACAGCAUGGAAGUGGUUGGAGGCAUGCGAGCCAUGGAGGCGCUAGUCAUGAAGGGGGCCAAUGUAGUCCUACCUCGCAGAAACACGCUAAGAGAACAAGCCCCAUCUACAGCCACGCCCCCUCAGCCUCAGGCCCCUCCUCCUCCUCCUCCUCCACCUCAGCCAUCGCAGCUGUCUGAGGUGGCUGUGCAGAUGUCCAGUCAGAAAUCAGAGCACCAGGCCCAGUCGUCAUACCAGCAUCACAAAACGCUCUCCAACGUCACUAUGCUAAUCCACAGCAGCGAGAGCGAGGAAGACGAGGAGGAAGAGGAGACCCCCGAGUUAGACGUUCAGAUUCCAGGGUUGAAUGAAGACAUAAGUGCUCAGUUGCAGGCGGCGCUGGCCAACAUCCCAAACAAACCACCACCCGAGUACCCGGGCCCACGCUCCAGCGGCAGCAGCACCGCCCUCAGACACCACAAUCAGGACCGUAGCCGUGGCUCUCCAGAAGCAGCUCAGGGGCAGGUGCAUGCCGAAGCCCAAGCAGACGGACUACGAGCUGGACAGAACGCAGCCGGCGGCCCCCAGGUCAGCCUGAGCGGAGCAACUCUGGGGCCGUCCAUCUCUGAGCCUGACCUGACCAGCGUGAAGGAGAGAGUGAGGAAGGAGCCGGUGAAGGAGAGGCCAGUGUCAGAAAUGUUCUCCAUCGAGGACAGCAUUGUGGAGAGAGAGAUCAGACAGAGGACUCUGGAGAGGCAGAAGCUUUCAGCUGACUCGAUGAAGAGGCCUCUGAUGAUGGCGGCUCUGAAUGGACUCUAUGUUGCCCGCAUGCCCGUCCCAGAAAACCCGCAUGAGGACGCCUCCGCCAAGGCCAACACAGAUGAACGGUGUAAACAUCUGGAGCUGAGGCUGGAAGAGGAGUGUCUCUUCACUGAAUAUGAGCAGAUUCCUAAAAAGAGGGCGGAGUGUAACCUCACUACUGCCAUGAUGCCCGAGAACGCAGAGCGGAACCGCUUCCGAGAUGUUGUCCCAUACGAGGAGAACCGUGUGGAGCUGGUUCCAAACAAAGAGAACAACACAGGCUACAUUAACGCUUCGCACAUCAAGAUGAUGAUCAGAGGGGAGGAGUGGCACUACAUUGCCACGCAAGGGCCUCUUCCCAACACUUCCCACGAUUUCUGGCAGAUGGUCUGGGAGCAAGGGGUCAAUGUCAUUGCCAUGGUUACAGCAGAGGAGGAGGGAGGUCGUUCUAAGAGUCACAGGUACUGGCCUAAAUUGGGCUCCAAACACAACUCUGCCACACAUGGCAAGUUCAAGGUGACCACCAAGUUCCGCACAGACUCGGGUUGCUAUGCAACAACAGGGUUAAAGGUCAAGCACCUAUUGUCCGGUCAGGAGCGGACUGUGUGGCAUCUGCAGUACACCGACUGGCCCGAACAUGGCUGCCCAGAAUAUGUUCAGGGCUUCCUUUCAUACCUGGAGGAGAUUCAGUCAGUGCGUCGGCACACUAACAGCAUGCUGGACACGUCGAAGAGUCCAAACCCGCCGGUGGUUGUCCACUGCAGUGCAGGCGUUGGCCGCACCGGUGUGGUCAUUCUCACUGAACUCAUGAUCAGCUGCCUGGAGCACAAUGAGAGAGUGGAGGUUCCUGUAAUGCUGGGCCGGUUGAGGCAGCAGAGAAUGCUGAUGGUCCAGACGGUCUCUCAGUACAAGUUUGUGUAUCAAGUUCUGAUCCAGUUCCUCAAGAGCUCCAGACUCAUCUGAGUCAGACCGCGCGUGAGUGUGUACCUAAGUGUGUGUAUGUGUGACGUUCAGGUGCCCCAUCCCGAUCCAGGUGCUACUGCUGCGGUCAUCUGCCCGCCAUUGCCUCUGUCUGGACACCCUGGCCAAACUUUGGCAUAAACAUUCAUAGUUGGCACCUGGAAAAAAGGCCCGGCUAACCGAACUGAUACAGCCAUUAUGGAAAAGCAUCCCUAAACAAAGUCCAACCACUAUAAACAGCCGGGCAUCAAGCUGAGAUACUUCGGAAAAACAGAGUUGAACUCUUCCAGUUGUUGAUGUUAUGCUGUUCUUUAAAAUAGGGAGUUACAUAUGGACGAUCUUGCUUUGUGAAAAUCAAAUCAAAUCAAAGCAAAGCAAGAGAACCUGAAGAGGCAUUUUUCUAAUUUAAUACAGAACUUUUUAAAAAAUUGCCUGAAUGAAAGCAUCUUGAACAUUUCACGUGUGAUUUUCUUAAUAAUCAAACAUGUAAACUGUAGUGAAAAAGCAGAAGUGUACAUUUAUUUGAAUUCUGCAUAUUUCAGAAAGCCUUUAAGGUCCAUCAUUGUGUCAGCACAAUGAAAAAUCUUUGUAUCGUUCAUUUUAAUCCAGUGUUAUUUAUUUUUUUUUAUUUUUGGCAAAAUUUCAGGUAAAUUUAUAUAUAUUGGGAGAAUAUUCAAACAUAAUUUACAACAUUGGCGGCACAAUGAUGGACUUCGUUAAAAAGCGUAAGAAUAAUAUGAACGAGAUAAUCAGAUGUAACCGCUGUUAUAAACAGCAGAAGGCAGAGGUCGUUGUAACAUCACACUGUGUGAUUUAUUCUAUUUCUGAGGCAGUUUUGUGGAAUUUGCAACACGUAGAAGUAGCCCGACCAAUUCAGGGUCCACUGAAACUGCCUGUGAUUGAGAUGUGUUACUAAAGGGGAAUUCCACCAAAAUUUCAAAGUUGUCAAAAUUUCUGCAAAGUCAUUCAAAGUGGUUUGACGUGAAGUGCUCCGCUGACCGUCACAUUUGUUCACCAUGGUGGUGAUGGGAACCAGCUGUCUAAAGAGUUUAAUACCUCUAAAAGCUCCCUCACAGAGAGUUAUUACAGGAAAUGAUUAUGAAUAUUUUGUUUGAUGCUUGAAUCAUCGUUUCGCAAUAGUUUUGAAAAGGUUUUGUCCUAAAACACAUGCAAGAUUAGAUUAGAUUAGAUUCAACUUUAUUGUCAUUGUGCAGAGUACAGGUACAGGGCCAGUGAAACGCAGUUAGCAUCUAAUCAGAAGUGCCAAAUACAGUAUUAUGUAAAUAUAAAGUGCAGGAAAGUAACCGUGGUAAGCAAACCCGUGGUUAAAAUAUGUACAAUUAAUGACAGUAUCUAUGUUUAAUAGCAGUCAUUUUGUAUAGUAAAUAAAAUGGCUAUAUUUGCAUUGUAGACAUCAUAAUCAUUGCCACUGCAAAGAAACAUUUUCACACCAAACCACUCUAAAUGACUUAUUUACAUUGACUUUUCUCAUUUCAUUGGUUGAAUUUUGCUGAAAUUUUGAAACAUCAUUGGAAUUCCCCUUUAAGACUAAACCCUUACCUUUGUCCUUUCUGGAAUGUCCAGAUGUAACUGAACAAACAGUAUAUUCAAGCUGUACAUAGCCGUUCAUGCAAGCAUUUCGAUAUUUAAUGCUUUAAUUUGUUGUAAUUUUCACUUUAAUUUAUUAUUCUCCAUUUGUGUGUGUCUCUCUCUCGGUCUCUCUUUUGUCUCUCUGUGUUCAGUAAUGAUAAAAAAAAAUUAUAAUAAUUUUUAUACACAGAGGCCAAAGCGUAGGAUGUGUUAGACUUAAUGACUUUUCAUUCCAUUGUACAUUUAAUUUUAAGCUACCCCAGUUAUAGAAAAUGUUCUGUGUUUUUCAGCCUGAUCUGCCACUUAUGUUGUGUACAGUCACUUUACCACACAUUUUACUGCAGGGUAGAGCGGGGAUGGUUGGCACAGGUGUCACUCUGUGCCAUAUAUUUCAGGCUUACCAUACAGGAUAAGCUAACUAGCAGCAAAUCUUCAAACAUCUAAGCUAAAAAUACAGACAUUUUCAGGUGUUAUUGGGAUGGUUGGCAACUUUAAAAAGCUUUAAAGCUACAGUUUCAUAAAACAAGGCAACAAAUCUGAACUUUAUAUUUAAACCAAACCACAAAUGUAAACCAAAUAACGUAUUUUUUUUUUUUUUAUCAGUUAAAUAAUGUUUCAUUUAUUUUAUUAUUGGCUUGAACUGCAUAAAAGGACAGUAAGAACAGCAACUAAACCACUUUACCCAUUUAAAACCUUUCCUCUUUUGUAAGUCUAUAUUAAAGUGCUACAGUUCAUUAUACACAAUAUUGUUUUUUUCUAUUUAAUGAAUGAAACAUUGUCUUGUUAAAAUGAAACGUAAGUUGAAAUACAACUGAAGUUUUAAAAAUGUUUCAGAUGAAAAAAGGAGUAAAAUUUAGAUGUAAGAACAGAUUUAUUGUAAGUUUAAUGUACACAGUGAUGUAGUACAGAACUGUCAAGUUGUGUUACACUCUUCAAGGGUUCUUUUGCAAAGACAGUGGUUCUGUGUAGAACCAAGAACACUCAAAGAACCAGUUGCAUGCCUAAAUGGCUCUUUGAAUGGUGAAAUUGUUCUUUGGAUUGAUGCUGGAUGUGUUGCAUGUAAAUCUUUUUGUAUAUAGAACCAAAAAAAGGUUAUUAUUGUUACAAGCUUGGCAUCAAAACAAUAUCAGAACCCUUUUUGGUACUAUAGAGCCAUAUAUAACACACUCUUCAUCCAUCUGAAGAACCAUUUCACUGUGCCAAUGCUUUAAGCAUGCAAAUGGUUCUUUGAGUGUUCGUGGUUCUAUAUGUCUACUAAAGAACCCUUAACAAACCCUUGAGAGUGUAGCUAUUUAUUAUGUGUGCAGUGUGUAAUAUCAAUUAUUGUAUGUUUGACAAGUCUGACAAGGCUGAAAUAUGUGCCAACCAAAAUCCAUCAGGACACCACCCUUUAUACACUUCAUAUUCACUAGCUAGCAUUAUGUAUCAUUGGCUUUUAAAUCAUGUAUCAAACUCUAAGUGAUUGCCAUUUCUACUACGUAAAAAUAAUAUAUUUUCAAUAUCUUUAAAGCAUUUCUGUAUGUUUUUGCUCAGGGAGACAUUAUUUUGCUCUUUCAACAGAAAAGAAUCAAAACGUUACCCCUAGCUUAACAAGUAAUGAAUCUUGGUCAAGAGGGCAAUCAUUUUUAUGUUACAUCUUUGUUAGAGUGCCCCCUACAGACCCAUAAAUGAACACUGUGCCAACCCUAGUCUCCCCUAUUUAGAAAAGAAAACAAGAGCUUUUGAUUUAAACCACACUUACAAUGGAAGCCAGAGAGACACUGCUUCAGCAUCUGCCCAUUGACUCCUAUUAUAAGUGUGUUUUGAAUCUAUGCAUUUUCUUUACAGAGUACCUUGUUUGAAAUGAUUGUCUGUGGUAACUGACCGUCUGCUACUGAUGCGGCAGAUAGAGAUCAGGUUGAAAAACGUUGGAGUGUUCCUUUAAGAGCAUAUCGCUGCUGUCAGAAGAAAACCUCAUAUCUCCAUUUUUGUUGUUUUUCAGUUAUCAUAAUUUGAAAAUGCCUGUUGUCGUUUAUAUUAUGUGUAAAUGUCAUGAUGAACGGACCAAAAGAAACGGACGAAAAUGACUUGGAAAGACGUCUGGUCCCAUUGACUUACAUUAAAAGUAAAGUAUGUUUUUUCCUUCUCCUGUAAAGUUUUGGAGAUACGGGGUUUUCUUCCGACAACAGCGAUAUGCAGCUCUUCCUAAGCUACUUCACUUUUACUGUCAUGAACUAUGUUUGUUCCUAAGGAGUACACGGCACCCUGUAGUCAGCUUUUUUUUUUUUUUAAUAUUUCAAAACAAUGAAUGGACCACUAGUAUAUGAAAAGCAUUUGUCCCUUUAUUCCAUACUGUGGUCACUUUUGUAGCAUGGUACAGUAGCUAAGAAAGGACAGGAAAUGGGAUGAUAUUAAAAGGCCAGUUGUUUGAAUGGAAGGCCAGAGAUGUUCCCAGUUGAUGUGCUCAGUAUGCUCCAGUGUCUGAAUGUGCACAGAGGUGAGCUACAGUGUGCACUUACUCUCAGAUCAAAUCAGUCUAUGAGCUCUGAUCAGUUCUAAUUCAGAAGCCCCUGAAGGUUCAUCAGUUCAGUCAGCUGUGUUGCAUUAAGAGUGUCAAACAGUUCAAAUCUGCUCAGUGUUAUCGCUGUUACUCGUUUGUAGUACGUGUAAAGGCCACUUCGUCAUGUCAUUGGAAAGGAGUUCACCAAGUGCCCGGAAUUUGAUGGAGACAUUUCUGUUGAUGAUAAUGACAGUAAGCUAGCAAGCAAAACAUUCAUUUGUGGGCAGUUAAAUUCAAUUAUAUUCAAUUUACUAAAGAAAUAGUGUACUGUAUGUUUUACUGUACAUUUUACUGGCCUUUUUUUUACAAUGUGUAGCAUUUCUCUUGAACAUUCUUUGGGUCUGAAGCGUAUGAAUUAUGGCUGACAGCAGGCCAUGAAGGACACUGUAGUAGCGUCCUUGAAAACUGUCAGAAUGCUGGCUGCAUUUCUUGGCUAUGUUUGACAGAUGCCUCUGACUGGAACAGUCUUCAGUGACGUUGUGGUCUAGAAAUGCAGCCCACCUGGACUGCAGCCUAGCAUUUAGAAAACAGCUAAAAAGCGUGAUCUUUUCCUGCUAAAUGAGAGCAAAGGUCCAAUCCAGACUUUGAGUCCAGCUUCCGGUCCUAGAUUUUGUAAUUAAUGGUCUACACUUCAAACAUUUUCAUGUUUUCUCUGUGAUCCAUGUAUGGCGUUUGUGUGGGUUAAUGUGCCAAAAACAGACAUUAUUCAUUUUUACAUGCCCACAUUCCAACCUCUGUUUAUGCCCUUAGAACAGAGGUAUUCCAGCGUUUUUUCUCAGGAGGCCCCCUUGCCAGUUUUUUGAGAACUUGGGGCCCUAACUAAAACAAAAUUGCCAAUACACAAACUACUACAGCAAAUGUCUUAAGGAAAUCAGGUCAAAUCAUCCGAUUUAUCUAGAACUUUUAUUGUCUAUUAUUAAUUGGUGAAUAAAAUAAAAUGUAAAAGCAGCACAUGACAAUAAGAGCUUAAUAAAAAAAUGACAGUUUCUAUUUAAUUUGUGCAAUUUUCUAUCUCAACUCUCAUGUAUUGUACCUCACUCAAAAAGCAGUCCAGGCUGGACACUGGUAGAAUCUAAGUGUGAGUGGACUGUAUAUGGACUGUAUGGAAUGGAGAAAGUUUUAAAGGUUUUUUUCCAUGUUUACAUACUGAAUCAAACCCUUUACUUCUGUGAAGUGAGCAAAAGUCAGCUUUCCAUGAGCCCUUUAACAACAAUCAAUGUAGUUACAAAAUCCAGGACCGGAUUGUGGAUACAAAGUGUAGAGUUGAAGACCUCUGUACUAGAGUACAGCACUGCCGGCAUCUUUGGUCAAACUAGAUGAGCAAGAAACGUGUGUUUGUUGGUGCUAAAUUAAUUUAAUUGCAAAAAAAAAUAAAGAAUAAUCAGUUUUCACCUGUUUCACACAACCUAUCUAAGAAAGUAAGGCGUUCAGUGUAAACACUAAAUGUGUAGCACUAUAGAUCAUAACUCAAGACUGAUGAUUUGCCAUUAUGGCAGUGAUACUGCCACUGUAUGCUAAUGCUAAUGCUAAUUAUGUCUCCUCUGUGGCCCACAGUUUAUACAGGCCAUCUAAACGGGCAUUCUGAUCGGCACACCAGCACCAUUCUGAGUCGUCUGCUUUGUUAGAUGACCAAAUCAUGUAGCCAUUACAUUUGUAAUCAUUCAGAGCUGUUUAUAGAUAAUCUAAGUGGACCAUAUUCAUGUGUGGACAAAGCCAGUUCUGCCGAUAGCUUGUCCAGUGAAGUUAAACUGAUGAGAGCAUUGAAAGCAGUGCAUUUUUAUUUUCUUUUUCCUUUCUUCAUUUUUUUGUUUGUGUAAAAAUCCUGUGCAAAGGGGGUCAAAGUGACUCCCUUGAGCCGCAUUCCAAAUAACUAUACGUUCCCUUUGCAGUGCAUUAGUUAAGUGCCCUACUUAGUCAGCCAGUGUAUUAGUGCCUUACUGACCCUAAACUCUUUAAUAUAAAAGUGCAGAAAGGGUUCUUUGGAGCGAAAUCAUAGAAGAAACACAUUUGGAUUCCUUAAAGAACCUCUCAGUGGAUGGUUCUUUAAAGGAAUGUUCUGGUGUAUUUCAGUCUAAGGCUUGUCUGCCUUAUCUAAAGCGUACAGUUCAUGACCACAGACAGUAAUUUCAACACAUUUCCCUGUUCUUAGAAAACAGCAGGAAUAAUGCUGACUCAGAGUCAGUUUCCUGCUGGUUUACUAAGUCACCUGUCUGUGAUAAGUGACUAAACACCACAGAUGUGGUGGAUAAUGGUUGAAAAAUGGAAGAACUAUACAUUCAAAGGUUCUUUCAGGAGCCAAAAAUAGUUCUUCUACGGCAUCACUCCAAAGAACCCUUUGGGCACCUGAAUCUAUAAGAGUGUACUGAAGUUCUGGAUCGACCCACUCUGCUCCUACAUGGAUUUCACCCCACAGUGAAAUCAGAUCUGAAGGCUGAACCAAUCAAAAUCUCUCAGAACCAAAGAGUGGGUUCUUCCAUGCUUCUGAGUCGAUAUAUUUCAGAUUCUCUUUUUAUAAGGAUUUUAUAAUAUGCUAAGAUGAAAAUGAUGCAAACUAAGCUCUGUCUGUGUAGUAUUUUGCAUUGCAUUACAGACAAGCUUAAUUUGAUAUGAAUGUUUGUUAUAUGUUUUGACUUGGUACCUUUAAAUACCAUAAAUAAAAGAAAACUAUGCAUGCUUUUUAUAUUUACUUGUAUAUAAGUAUAUUCAUGGACACUAUAAGCUUCUGCUAGCUGUGUAUUCGUAAUAAGUGUGUUUUUAUGGCAGUGUUUCUAUGAUGACAGUAUUUUUGCUAUGUGUGGCAUUCCAUUCCUUAUCUGCAGGUAUCUGCCUUUCUCGCAUUCCUUCGUGUUAUUAAAUACCAAAUUCCAUUUCCAACCUUCUACUUAAUUGUGUACAUACCUUCUGUAUAUGCUUUGCCAGUGUAUUGUCUUCUUUUUUUCCAAACAACUAUGUACGAAACUGUCACACUUGCCUAUUAUGCAAUAAAGCAUUAUUUUCUCAA